AUGACCAUCCAAUCACAGCACAGCCACCAAGACGAGAACUUGGAUGUGCUCGACCAGUGCAUCUUGCUUUCGUUGUGCCUGGACGUCAAGAACAACAACCCGCGACACGGUCUCACCACCGAGGAGAUGUUCCCCUAUGUCAGGCGAGUGCAAAAGAACCCCAACAACUGGAUGGUGCACAGCACGUGCCUGUUGCUCAAGUCGCGCCUGGAGUUUGAAAGCACCAAGACCGCCGACAGGGCCGUUCUCCAGAUGCAGACUCUCGUCGAACAAUUCUACGACGAGGAGAAGGAUCUCAAGAAGGAGCUGCACGACGUUAUCAGGGAGCGGUCCCGCUACUUGUUCGCCCUGGCCUUCCCCUGUCGAUUGACCCUGCAGAAGGAGCUCGGCGAGCGCUUCCUCUCCAUGGGAAUGGCCGCGAGCGCACUCCAGAUCUUCGAACAGUUCGAAAUGUGGGAGAACGUCAUCACGUGCUACAGGGUCAUGGGCAAGGACAAGAAGGCCGAACAAGUCGUGAUGGAGCGCUUGGACGCCAAGCCAACGCCCGAGCUCUGGUGUCUGCUGGGCGAUCUGACGGAAGAAAAGACGACGGCGCCUUACAUCGAGCAGGCGCGGAAGAAGUUGGAAGAGCUGCUGGCGCACAUCACCUCCAAGGUCACCAACCAGCACGAGAUCUGGGCCACCUACGCCAAAUACCAUGAGGGCUUCGGCAACAAAGAAAAGGCGCUGGACGCACGUCUCAAACAGAUGCGCUCCGCAUCUCCCGUCGACUGGCAAAACGACGAGAAGAAGUUCAAGACGGUCGCCGAGGUGUCUCUGUUGCUGGUCGAUACCUACCUCAUGCAGGACGAGGAGGACCUCAAGAAGAGCCUCUUCUCCGCCAAGCUGCACCUCCGUGGAGUGUUGAAGAAGGCCGAGCCCAACUUCAAGGGAACGGAACACUACGCCAAGCUCGAGGAGAAGCUCGCCAUCGUCCUCGACAAGGAGCAGGCGUUCAAAUAA